AUGAGCCAGAAUUUUAAUUCUAGGGAGCUCACAGGACAUUUGUCCUCAGAUUAUCCCCUGUUACCUGGAGAGAAGCCCCCUCAAAUUCGUCGGCGCAUCGGAGCUGCUUUUAAAUUAGAUGAGCCAAGCAUCCUACAUAGAACUGAGGACUCUGAGCUGAGCUCUGUGGAGGCUGGUCUGGCUCUUCAGCAGCAUAUAUACGUGGCGGCCCACAGACUGUGUCAGGAGGAACAUCUCUGCAAAGCGGUGAAGAGGAGUCGUCUACAGCAGUACCAGCGUGAGGAGAGGAAACUCAAAGAGCUACAGGAAGCUGUGUUCAGGCUGAGACUGGAACAUGGCCGAUCUUCACCACGCCCUGGCAUGAUCACACAGAGAGGAGGCACUUCAGACAAUAGCUCGUUGUCAGACUCUGCUGUGCUGGAUGAGGAGGAACUGUCUUCCCAGCUUUCUUCAGAGCCUCCUGCUGUAGACUUUCACCCUCCACCUCUAACCAACUCUCAUCCCCCUCCUCAUACACCUAUAGUCCCCUCCUACCGGCCUCUGGAGGCCACUGUUCGUCAAACCCCGCCACAAUCCCUGGAGGAUUUGCACACAUGCCAGAGUCCAAUCUUAGAGCAUGACCCUGCCCCCAUUCAAAGCUCUCCCUGGAUGGAGAGUAGUUUGGACCAGCCCUAUCAGAAAAAGAAAAAAUCUCACUCUAGUAGCAUCAAAUCCAGUAGUCCUGCUGUUACCCCCACGUUGCCUCCUCUGGAGGUCUGUCUUGCGGAGGCCGGGAUACCACUGCAGAUACCCACCCAUGCUGCUUUGAAACACACACAGUCCUGCAGCGCACCCUCCACUCCAGAGAUGCACCUGCGCAGGAUCCAGUCCCUUAGAGUUCCCUACACUGAUCCCAACCCUUAUGAUCCCGAGCGGGAACGUGGGCGCUCAAGGGGCCCCAGGAGACGGUUGACAGACUUUGCGGUGACACCAUCAGAAUACUCUCCAAUAAGUCUAAAUGUGGGAAACCCUUUGUACUACUCUAGUUCUGAGGACAGCAACUCGGAGCACUCUGUGCAGUCCUACACCAGCUCUCCCUGCCAGGAGCACCCUGGGGAACUUCUGUGGCCCUACCAGCCACAGUACGGAUACCAAUACACCAGCUUCAAUGACUACUACAUACCACAAAGAUGCUCUCCUACCCACUUCUACAAGAAUGCUCAGUACCAGUCCUCACCGAGUUUUUCCAGGGGGUACGUGGAGGAUGGAUGGGGUCACCCCUUGGAAAUGGACAGCGGAAGAUCGUCAUACAUAAGCCACCAGGCCCCUUCGCCUGUUUAUUCAUCUAAUGGUCACUAUGAGUACUGCUACAGUGAGGCUUUGCCUUCCCAGCAGCGAAGUUGCAGGUUGUUACCCGCCCACCUGAAAUUGUCACGGGCUCCUUCGCUAAAAGAGUAUCCGCACCAUCCUAGCAGAGGCCUGCCACGGCAGGUGGUGUCGGAAGAACUCAAAUCGUGGCACCAGCGCAACCAACUCCGACCGCCUCGCCCGCACUCGCUGGACCGGAACAGGCAGGGCGCACUCCGCAUCCGAAAUGCGCCUGGGCAAGAGUCCCCGCUUUCGCUUUCCCAGCACCACCAGUUCCAGGAACAGCAGGUAAAUAGGCUUUCCUCACAGUCACUCAGAAUAAAUGAAACAUCUCCAAAUAUGUACCUAUCUUGGCUCUGUAUGAAAUAGAAUAGAGCUGUAUCGCCUUUCUGUCAAGUAUCAGUCUGUUGGGAGAGGAAUUUCCAGAAAAGGCAGAUCAGUUACGCACUGCCCAGGCCUGCCUGAGGAACGGGGGAAGGUUGGCUUGAUGCUCUUGCUGUGUCAAAGUGAGAUCACUGCUGGAUCUAGGUGUGGUGUUCAGCUAUGAAAGAGCAUUUGAUUGGAAUUAGCGUAGGGAAUGGCACAAUAGCAAACUGCACACAAAUCAUAAUUGUCAUUUUGUUGUUUACGGUUGCCCAGAGACAUUAGAACACAAUGCUUUAAAUCAGUGCACACUACUAUUCAAAAGUUUGAGGACUGUAAUUUUUUUUUAAAUGU